AUGCGAAAGGAGCGCCAAAAUACGUCGCAUCAUUUUACCGUUGAGCUCAAUGAUAGCGUCGCUCCCCCAACAUCGCUGUCCACGCCGCAAACCCCAUUUCCAGAUGACUUGGAUCCCUUUGGCUCAGUAUCGGCGCCGUUUCCUCCACUGUCGUCACAGUUCGUCUCGGACCGUUCUUUGGAUUCAACGUUAGAGCGUCAAUCAAAUCGUCCCGCUACGGCCAACUGGGAGCUGGAUCCGCGUGACGAGGGGCGGUAUACGAUAGAGCUUUUAACCUUUUACCGAUACCAUAUUGCACCGCGCCUGGAUCUUGGUGUGGGUGAUCAGUUUUUUAGCGUCCAUGCCCUCUUUAGGGCGAAGACUUGCAAUGCUGUAUGUCAAAGCGUCCUGGCCUUGUCUCGCUGCCAAAGAAACCUUUCCCAGGGUAUACAUCGAAAGGUGGAUGAUCCAGGGUCUGAACAGCAUGCCUUGCAGGCAAUGCGGUCGCUUGCUAACACAGAGGAGGAGGACAAGACGACAGUUCUAAUCCUCCUCACGAUCAGAGAAGUCAUCCUGACUCCUCCGGGGCUGUGGAGCAGUGUGUUGCACCGAAACACGAAUCUUCUGACCUUCAAUCUGCAAGAAGGACAAUGGCAGAUGAUGGCACGGCUUGUUCUUGCCGCCGAGCUUACUGCUUCUGCUCCAACAAGCCGCAUUGACCUCAACUUCAUCUUUCAAUGCGCGCGGCCGGUCUUGCCAGGCCAAAUGCUCACUGACAAGCAACAACUUUGCCAAGCAUUGGCGAACCUUGCGCGUGCGUUCACGAUACCGGGUAAUGCGCCUGGGAUCGAGGGCCAGCGAACGCUAUUACCGAUGGCCACCGUGUGGCAAUCCUGCUGGAGCGAUUGUGAGUUAUGGUACUUUGCGAGAAACGAGGAAAUGCAACAAAUCUUCGAGGUUGACGAGUCCGAGGCGUUGGCUGCAAGAAGCCCGUCAAGUCCACCAUUUCCGAUCAUCAUCUUCAGUAAUGUGUGCGCCCUCUUGGCCAAUUUCUCGCACCACCUGACGGCGAUCUAUUUACUACACCACAAGCCACGAUUGAUCAAGCCAACUGCAGAAUCUGGUUGGUCAGCGUCGCCGGCAUGGCACGCUCAAAGACUCGUGGGCAUGGUUGCUACAUUUGACGAAGCAGAAAUAUUCGACCCGCUGGUGAUCGCAGGUCUCAUCUACGGGACCAGGAAACUGAGCCACCCUUCCCAAUUAGCUGUAGUGGCAAACAUCAUGAAGAAAGCUGCUCAGACGACGGGUUUGCAGCUGCAGCAAGAGAUUGACAAGAUCGAAACCACUUAUGGGGAAACACUCGGCUAA